AGAAGGCCGGUCAUGGGAUUCUAGCAGAGCUCCUUGGAGGCUGCAAAAGGAGAGCAUGCCGCUCAUACUGCUGACGUUAUUUGUCGCUUUUGUUUAUACACAACAGUUAACUUUACUCGGAGGGGAGUAUCAGUUCAAACGAUGGAUGUCACAUCACAACAAAGUCUACAACAGCACAGAAUACUUCCAUCGCCUCCGCAUCUUCAUAGAGAACAAGAAGAUGGUGGAUGUCCAUAAUGCUGAGAGUCACACCUUUACAAUGGGCCUAAAUCAGUUCUCUGACAUGACGUUUGAAGAGUUCAAGAAUUUCUUCCUACUGCAGGAACCUCAGAACUGUUCAGCCAGCAAGGGGAACCAUGUCAGCAGGAGCGGCCCUUAUCCCAAAGCUGUGGACUGGAGGGCCAAAGGCAACUUUGUGACCCCUGUAAAGAAUCAGGGUCACUGUGGGAGCUGUUGGACCUUCUCCACCACAGGCUGUUUGGAGUCAGUGAACGCCAUCGCCACCGGAAAGCUUAUAUCUUUGUCUGAGCAGCAGCUUAUUGAUUGUGCACAAAACUUCAACAACCAAGGAUGCAUGGGUGGACUCCCCAGUCAGGCCUUUGAGUACAUCAAAUACAACAACGGCCUCAUGACAGAGGAGGACUACCCCUAUAAAGGCUAUGAUGACACAUGCCACUUCCACCCGCCGCUUGCCGCCGCUUUCGUCCACGAAGUUGUCAACAUUUCGAGUUAUGACGAAGACGCCAUGUUGGAUGCCGUAGCCAGGCUCAACCCGGUGACUUUUGGCUUUGAGGUGACGGCCGACUUCAUGCACUACAAAGAUGGCGUUUACACUAGCACUCUGUGUAAAAACACAGCCGACAAGGUGAAUCACGCCGUUCUGGCCGUGGGUUAUGGCAUUGACAACAACAACACAAUGCCAUAUUGGAUUGUGAAGAACUCAUGGGGCGUCGCCUGGGGAUUGGAUGGGUAAAUAGAGUAUUUCAUGAUUGAGCGAGAAAAAAACAUGUGUGGACUGGCUGCUUGCGCUUCCUACCCCAUUCCUGGGGUUUGAAAAGUUACUACCGGUAAGACCCGCUGUACUGCGAUGCAAAAUAUGUGUAAAGUAUGGAAAUAAGCAAGUGUGAAUUGUGCUACAAAGACAACCAAAAAGUCACAAGGUCUUGGAUACGCAUUUUGCUGCAAUGGAUUUAUGUGCGUAAAAGCUCAUCUUACACUGUAGUUUUUUUGUGUUGCUGAGCCAACAGGUCAGCUGCCAUGUCAAUUUGUCACUUUGUAUGAAAGUUUUAAAGCAACAAAAUAUCAAUGCAUGGUACCUUUCUGCAUUUAUGUUAUCACAUAAGUGGGAAUUUACAUUGAUACAUAAUGAAUGAUGCAUGUGUACUACUACAGAAAUAACGUUUCUGAAAGGCUUUACAUACUAUUACUACUAAUGUUGUUGCAUGUAGCCGAUGUUUAAAUAUUCCAAUAAUGCUAGUAUUGUCCAAAUGUAUAAAAUUAAAAAAAAACAUCUUACAGACAUAUAAUCGUCAAUGUUGUAUAUGUGCCGCGCAGUACUCUUUAUGUUGCAUACCAAAUGCACCUGGGGAUAGGUUGAUUGGCAAACCCUAAAUUGGCCCUAGUGCAGGGGUCGGGAACCUUUUUGGCUGAGAGAGCCAUGAAAGCCAAAUAUUUUAAAAUGUAUUUCCGUGAGAGCCGUACAAUUUUUUUUUAACACUGAAUACAACUAUAGGUGUGCAUUUUUAAGUAAGACCAACAUUUUUAAAGUAUAAUAAGUCUCUUUUUUAUUAUUAAUCACAUUGUUAUUCUGAAGUUGACUAAUAAUACAUAAAAUAAUUCUUACCAUUAAUGAACAGGUGCGGAAGAAAACGGAUUGAUGGAUUAAGAUGCAUAAGAAUGUUUUUUAUUCUAAACGUUAUUUUUAACACUGUGAUUCCCAGCGGAAUUAUUCAUUAAUUAUCGUGUUAAGCAAUGUCAAAAAAGCCACAUCUGGCUCUAGAGCCAUAGGUUCCCUACCCCUGCCCUAGUGUGUGAAUGUGAGUGUGAAUGUUGUCUGUCUAUCUGUGUUGGCCCUGCGAUGAGGAGGCGACUUGUCCAGGGUGUAGACCACCUUCCGCCCGAUUGUAGCUGAGAUAGGCACCAGCACCCCCCGUAACACCAAAGGGAAUAGGUGGUAGGAAAUGGAUGGAUGGAUGUAUUUCUCAAUAAAUAAUUAC